UCCCCUUUGCAGCCAAUGGCGGCGAGGCCGGCUUGGGAAACGGGGCGGGGCGGAGCCUUUAUAAGGCCUUGCUCUGGCGCCGGCGGCCGCUUCCUCGCCCCUCGCUCUUCGCCCGCCUUGCCGAGCACCGUCGCCAUGGCAACCGCCUCCGCGCUCCCGCUCUUCCGGAUCCUGGCCCGAGCCGCCUCGGCCGGCCCCGCCGCCCCUUGCUGCUGCCCGCGCCUGCCCGGCCCGCGGGGGACUCGCCGGCUCCACCUCACGGCGCCCAGGAAUGAAGCAGUUGUCAUUUCUGGAAGGAAGCUGGCACGGCAGAUCAGGCAAGAAGCCCGCCAUGAAGUGGAGCAGUGGGUUGCAGAUGGAAACAAAAGGCCCCAUCUCAGUGUGGUUCUAGUUGGUGAAAACCCCGCCAGCCACUCCUAUGUCCUGAACAAAACCAAGGCUGCGGCUGAUGUAGGAAUCAGCAGCGAAACGAUCCUGAAGCCAGCCUCCAUCACUGAAGAGGAGUUGCUUGAUUUAAUCAGCAAGCUAAACAAUGACAGAAAUGUAGAUGGCCUCCUGGUUCAGCUCCCUUUGCCUGAGCAUAUUGAUGAGAGGAAGGUCUGCAAUGCUGUGAACCCAGAGAAAGAUGUGGAUGGCUUCCAUGUGGUGAAUGUGGGCCGGAUGUGCCUUGACCAAUACUCCAUGCUGCCAGCGACACCUUGGGGCGUGUGGGAAAUCAUCAAGAGAACGGGGAUUCCGACCCUUGGCAAGAAUGUGGUUGUGGCUGGACGGUCAAAGAACGUGGGGAUGCCCAUUGCGAUGCUGCUUCAUACGGAUGGGCGGCACGAGCGCCCCGGAGGGGAUGCAACAGUAACCAUCUCUCACCGCUACACUCCAAAGGAACAGCUCAAGCAGCACACGAUUCUUGCUGACAUUGUGGUUGCAGCUGCAGGCAUCCCUAAUCUGAUUACAGCCGAUAUGAUCAAAGAGGGAGCUGCGGUUAUUGACGUUGGCAUAAACCGAGUCCGGGACCCUGUUACUGCAAAACCAAAACUUGUUGGAGAUGUGGAUUUUGAAGGUGUGAAGCAGAAAGCCAGCUACAUCACUCCAGUCCCUGGUGGGGUUGGGCCCAUGACAGUUGCCAUGCUCAUGAAGAACACCAUCAUUGCUGCAAAAAAAUUGUGGCGGCCUCAGGAGCUGGAAGCCCUAAGUGCCUAAUGCUGGACUUCCGAGGGGCAAGCAGCAGCAGCAUUCCAAAUCUCUUCCCAAACACAGCCUAAGGGACAAUGCAAUAUUUAUUUAUUGGCUGAAAGGGCAUCAGAGUCUCGCUCUGGAGUAUUUAUUUUAAAGCAAAUUUUUUCCAAGGCAAAAGGGUCCAACAUGAUACAUUAUGAUUCCGAUCAUUUAAGCGUCUUCAUUUAUGUGCAGGAACCAAGCUUGGGGUUAGAAUGGAGGGGAGUGAUUGUGCUAUCUCUCAAACCCAGUAGGAAGCUGUAACUGAGGGCCAAGUGUGUGUGUUCAUUGUACAAAAUGUGUCUUAGUGUGUGCAUCGUGCAAUUUCAAUUCACCAGCCUCUGCUGAACCCGGGAGAUACUAUGUUAUCUGCUAGGAUUAUACCACAGCUAUUCUGGAGUCAGAUGUUGCUAUUUUCUACAAAGCCUUAUUUGUAUGACCUUUCGAAGCUCUCAUAACAAAACUUCUCAGUUCCUAAACAUUUUUUUUCGAAGAUGGAGUGGACUCAAAAGCUAGACAGUAUUUUGAGAUAUAGUGUUGUGUUAGCCUGCAAAAACUUGGGUGAAGUUUUUCUGUGCCUGUUCAAGCUUGCUUGCUAUUUACAUGGGCUGUUACUGGAGCUUGGAGGUUGCAUCUGAAUAAAAGCGAUUCACAUAGCGCA